AUGAAUUAUGGGAAAACGGCCGAGAGUAUUUUGAUGGAAAAACUUCUCCUUUUAUUGCUAUUGAAGUUCAAAUUAACGCAUUCGUUAAGUAAUCAAUCGUGUUAUACAUGUGUGGAGCCAUUGGUUGGAUACACUGAUCAUACAGAUUCAUGUCGGUUCUUCGAUCCCAAUUCCUUAAUGGCAUCGUCAUACAUCCGGAACUGUGAUAGUCAUGAGAAUGAGAAUUACACCGGCGAAUAUGAAUGUCGAAAAUUAGUGAUCAGUUAUCGAUCAGUCGAUACAUAUCUACGUCGUGAUUGUGUACGAAAAGGAUCGUGUUCAUGGAAAGACAAAACUCAAUCGAUGAUAUAUACUCCCAUCUCCGAUUGUGUUUAUACAGACGAUAGUGAACAGAAACUAGAAUGUAUUUAUUGUUGUAAUACGCCAUUAUGCAAUCGAACAGCAUUGUUUUCUAUCGCCAGUCGAGUUUUUCUUUUGGUCAUAGCUAGUUAUUGUUAUGUGCGGAAAAGUAUGUAA